CGGAGCAGGCUGGUCACGUGAGGGGAGGAGGAGCGCUCUGCCCCGCAUACAGAUACCGCUGCCUGCAGGAGCUCCAGCUGCCUCUCCGCGGAUAAACUCCUCCGUCCUCCGCCUCAGAGCUCCUCUGCUCCCGCUAUGUCUGCGGUCAGGGUCCUGAGGAGCCGCCGGUUCCUCCGGCAGCUCCCCCCCGGCCUCCCUGCCUCCCUGCGCAGACGCUACAGCCUGGACGUCCCCGCUGCGCUGCUCCGGACUCAGGGCUACUUGGGCGGCCGCUGGGUCUCCGCCGCCUCGGUGUUCCCGGUUCUGGACCCGGCCACCGGACAGGAGCUGGCCCGGGUGUCUGACUGCGGUCCCGCAGAGGCCAAGCAGGCGGUGGAGGCCGCCUAUGAGGCGUUUCAGUCCUGGAAGCAGACCACGGCUAAGGAGAGGAGCGUCCUGCUGAGGAAGUGGUUCGACCUGCUGGUGCUGCACAAAGAGGACCUCGCCAAGCUGAUCACGUUUGAAUGUGGUAAACCCAUGCGGGAGUCUCUAGGAGAGGUGGCGUACUCCGCCUCCUUCCUGGAGUGGUUCUCAGAAGAAGCUCGGAGAGUUUACGGGGACAUCGUUCCAUCUCCGGCUAAAGACAGGAAGAUCCUCCUCCUCAAACAGCCAGUAGGGGUGGCCAGCAUCAUCACGCCGUGGAACUUCCCCAGCGCCAUGAUCACCAGGAAGGCUGGAGCUGCUCUGGCUGCCGGCUGCACGGUGGUGGUGAAGCCGGCCGAGGACACGCCGCUGUCCGCCCUGGCUCUGGCUCAGCUGGCGGAGCAGGCGGGGAUCCCUGCGGGCGUGGUCAACGUGGUGCCCUGCUCCAGAGAGAAGACCCCGGCGGUCGGUCAGGUCCUCUGCACCGACCCGCUGGUGGCCAAGAUCUCCUUCACGGGAUCCACGGCCACCGGGAAGGUGUUGCUGAAAAUGGCCGCCGACACGGUGAAGAGGGUCUCCAUGGAGCUGGGUGGCCACGCCCCCUUCAUCGUGUUCGACAGCGCAGACGUGGACAGCGCUGUGGGCGGAGCCAUGGCCUCCAAGUUCAGGAACUCUGGGCAGACCUGCGUGUGCUCCAACCGCUUCCUGGUUCAGAGCGGCGUCUACGAGCGCUUCGUGGACAAGUUGGGACGGGCGAUGGACGCCGAGCUCCGUUUGGGUCACGGGUCAGAACCAAACACCACGCAAGGACCUCUGAUCAACAGCAGAGCUGCAGAGAAGGUCAUGCAUCAGAUAUCGGACGCGGUGUCUCGUGGAGCCAAGGUUCUGAAGGGGGGGAACCGCCUGGACGGGUCCUUCAUGGAGCCCACCCUGCUGGCUGACGUCUCCACCGACAUGCUGUGUACCAAGGAGGAGACGUUUGGACCGCUGGUUCCGGUCAUCAGGUUUGAGACAGAAGAAGAAGCUCUGGCUGUGGCCAACGCUGCCGACGUCGGGCUGGCAGGCUACUUCUACUCUCAGGACGUGGGGCAGGUGUGGCGGGUGGCCGAGGCGCUGCAGGUGGGCAUGGUCGGCGUUAACGAGGGCCUGCUCUCCACCCCAGAGGCCACCUUCGGGGGGGUCAAACAGUCCGGCCUGGGCCGCGAGGGCUCCAGGUACGGCGUUGACGAGUACCUGGAGGUGAAGUACAUGUGCUUCGGAGGACUGAGGCCCUGAACCGGGCCGGUACCGACCCGCUGGUACCGCAACGGAGCGGGUCGUAUGUGGUUAACGUCUGUGUGUUGGAGAAGCUGCUGGUGGAUCAUUAUGACCCGGUUCUGUUUGGUUCCACAGCGCUGAAAUUAACACGUUCUAAUCCGUCCUGCCGCUGGUUCUCCACCGAUUAAAGCAGGGUUCCUGCGGUUCCUUAAAAAGUCUGAAAAGGCAUUGAAUUCUUCAGUAUAAAACUAAGGCCUUAAUCGGUAUUAAAAUGUCUUAAAUCAGUCAUUCAUAGGUCUUAAAUUUGUUACCAUGUCAUAAAUAGGAUUUUAUUUUUGUAAUCCAUAUCAAACAUUAAAAUAACUGAAACAAUUUAUUAAUUUUUUUAUUCACCGAACAGCCCUGUAUUGGUUCCGUCCCAAUAAUGAAACCAGCAGGUAUCUCAGUUCUGUUCCCCUUCGUCUCUGAAACGCCUCCACAGCCGUCUGCGUCAACGACGGUGAUGUCAGAGACGGCUGUGAGAUAGAAACAGAUCAACGGACAAUAAUAAUAAUAAUAAUAAUAAUAAUAAUAAUAACUGAACUUUAUUGAUCUAACAAUGGAGAAAUUCACUUCUGCAUCUUAACCCAUCCCCUCGGGGAGCAGUGGGCUGCCAUGUGAUGCGCCUGGGGAGCAGUUGCUGUUUGGCGGUACGAAAGCAGAGGUGUUGUGGACUUUGAACACGGUGAGACGGUGAUGAGAGAACGUCCGGCACGGUGAUGUCACAACGCAUCAUAAACACGCUAAGAAAGCGUUAAAGACAAAAUAGCAAAGUUGCAACAGGUGGAGGAGGAACUGAAGAAAGGCUGCAGUACCACGGCAUGCUAACCAAAGGAGUUAGCACUGAUUAUGUUGUUUUUAAAACUGAUUUAUUGCUUAAUUUACUAGGGAAUAAAACAAAGUUCAUGAAUUCAGUUUAAUAGUUGUUAAAUAUGUGCUUUUAGCUUUGUUCCUGUAUGGAAAGUUUUUUUAAUCUUGUAUAUAUUAAGUUGGUCUUAACUUUUUAUUUCAAGUGGCAUUAAAAAGUCUUGAAUUUAUCUUGCCUUAUGCUGCAGGAACCCUGUAAAGGAUCAGUAAUGAAUACUGCCACCUGGUGAUGGAGUUAGGGAAUGCACUUAUCCUAAAUGCCCGCAGUGACGUCAUCAGCACCUUGGUACCGACCCAGAAACGGUCCAAAGCUCUAGAUUUACUAUGAGACCCAGUAGGUUUCCCAGAACUUUGAUUUACCCGGUCCAUGUUUGUGUGCCGUGGCUCCGCCUCCAUCCAGACACACAGCUGAUGAUGCUGCCACUAAAGGAACGUAGAACCUCCAUGUUCUGGCCAGAGGUCACGGUUCCAGAGAUCAAUCUGGGUUCUAAUCCCUUCAGGGUCAGAGAAACGUUCCCAUGUUCAGAGUCCAAACGGUUCCCAAGCAGGGCUGUGUUCUGGUGCCGGCCCACUGGGUCUGUUUCCAGAACCUUUACCAGAACCCAGAGAGCUGUCUCUCCUUUUAAUCCUGCUUUUUAUAUCAUCUGACAUAAAGAGCUUUUUACCUCUGAACAUUUAUUAUAUUAGUAUAAAUUAUAUUGAAGCACUAAGCUCCGCCCAUUCUUCACACCCUGGAAGCUGAUUGGAGACAAACUAAAAACACUAAACAUGAACUUUCAUGAUGACUUUAAUCUCAGAGAACUGAAGGCAGCCAGUGGAACCGGGACUUUGUCCUGUUUGGGUUUUUCCUCUCGGUGCCGAUGUGAAACGUCUGAACUGGUUUUGCUCCUGGAACCGGAUCGGGUCUGAACGCGCCGGUCCUGAGGAACGUUACUGAAGGCAGACGGUGGAAAAGCUGCAGAUGUUCGUCUGUCUUUCCUGUUAAAAUCAUCACUUUGUGAAUCUGCAUCUGAACUUAUCGUCGUGUUCUCCGUUGUUCUCUCUGUAGCGUAGCCUGAGCUUCAUCUACGUCACCGUACCAUGUGACCCAAACUGCACUUUCAGCCUAGCGGUCGCUGAGGGAUAAUUUUAAGUCCUUAUAAAAAACUUAACGGAGCAAUCACGCUCUUAAUGCCACAUUUUUUGAAAAUAUGGUCACUAAUGUAUUUCUGAGUUGGUCGAUCUCAGAAUCAAGAAGUUCUUUAAAGGCCGGUUCUGAUCCGAUGGAGGUGAAUCGUCUGAUUCCAGUAAUCUUUGUUUCUGUUUGAUCUGAAUUAAACUGGUGGGAGUAAAA